AAAUAACCUUGGUCUCCACAGUGUGCCAAUCAAAACUGACACGGUGAGCAGAAACUUCCUCAUCAGCUCUCCGAUGUGAUGUGCAAGCGACGUUUAACUGCUCAACACAAAAUUGGCGGCCUGAAAGGUUCAACACCAGUUUUUCUGCCCUGACAAAUGGAUGCAUGCGAGAAUCGUCAAAAAGACGUGAUAAGCACAUAAUAAACCAUUACCAGAAGCAACAGCCUGGCCAACAACAAUGGCGCUGCCACUGCUCUUCCUCUUCUCCCUCUUGCUUCAAGCUCCUUUGCACGCACAGGCACUCCAAAACAUCACACUAGGAUCUACCCUGACCACUCAAGGCCCAAACGCCUCACGGAUUUCACCCUCCGGUGAGUUCGCGUUCGGCUUCCGCCCCAGCGAUGCCGACGCCUCUGUCUACCUUCUCGCCGUCUCGUUCGACAAGAUCACCUCCAAAACCGUUGUCUGGUACGCCAACACCAACACAACACUGCCAGUUGGCUCCCAACUGCAGCUCACGCCUGGUGGCGUGCUUUCGCUCCAGGACCCUGCCGGCACAGAGAUAUGGAACCCCCGGGUGACCAACGCCGACCAUGCCGCCAUGCUCGACACAGGCAAUUUCGUGCUCUAUGCCAAAGAUGGCUCCAUCAAAUGGCAGAGCUUUGAACACCCAACCGACACCAUCCUGCCCUCCCAGGAGCUGCCUAAAGGGUCCGUCCUGCAAAGCCGGCUCAUGGACAACGACUACUCAGCUGGAAGGUUCCAACUCAGCGUAGAGCGUGAUGGCAACUUAAGGUUUUACACCUUGGCUGUUCCCUACACCGUGGCUGUUUCCUCCCUUUUCCGCUAUGAUCCUCCAUAUUGGGAUUCUCACACUGGUGGAAAUGGUUCAAGCCUCGUGUUCAACACAACUGGCAGCAUCUACUACACUACAAAUUCUGGCAGACAAAUCAAUAUUACAUCAGAAACACUUGACUCACCGGCAGACUUCUACCAGCGCGCCACACUUGAUGCAGAUGGGGUGUUCAGGCAAUACGUGUACCCCAAGAAGGCAGCUCAGAUCAGUGGAUUGAACACGGAGUGGAAAGUUAUGGACGUACUCCCACGAAACUUCUGUCGGGCUGCUGCAGUAGAGACUGGAAGUGGUGCCUGUGGGUUCAACAGCUAUUGCAGCUUCAGCUUCAACACAAGCAAGAGUGUGGAAUGUGAGUGCCCACCAAACUACUCAUUCAUCGACAACGAGAGGAAGUACAAAGGUUGCAAGCAAGACUUCCCUCCACAUAGCUGUGGCUUGGAUGAUACUGAAUCUACUCAGAAUUUCAAGCUACUUCCAAUGAACAAUAUCAAUUGGCCUUUUGGCGACUAUGAGCGUUACAGCCCCAUUGGUGAGGAUUCUUGCCAAAGACUUUGCUUAACUGAUUGCUUUUGUGUUGCUGCGGUGUACUACAACAGUUCUUGCUGGAAAAAGAGGAGCCCCUUGUCCAACGGAAUGGAAGGUGACAUACUGGGAUCAGUUUUUAUCAAAGUUCCCAGGACUGAUAUUCCUGGGUCCCAGUCGGCCAGUAACUCCAAUAGAUGGAGAAAAGAGAAGAGGUAUUGGAUAAUAGGAAGUUCACUGCUCCUUGGAGGAUCUGCCCUUGUUAUUCUGUAUUUUGGAUCUUACCGUGUCAUUGGCCGAAAGAAGCCAGCCCAGAUACAAUCAAUGAGUCCCGAGGCAUUGCCUCUUAGAGCAUUCACGUACAAGGAGAUUGAGAAGGCGACAGAUGGAUUUCGUGAAGAGCUGGGUAGCGGUGCAUCUGGUAUCGUAUACAAGGGCCAGCUGGAAGAUGAGUUUGGGACUGGCAUUGCAGUCAAGAAGAUUGACAAGAUGCUCCAAGAGAGUGAAAAGGAGUUCGCCAUUGAGGUUCAAACCAUCGGAAGGACCUUCCACAGAAACUUGGUACGGUUGCUUGGUUUCUGCACACAAGGAAAAGAGAGGCUUCUGGUGUACGAGUUGAUGACCAGUGGCUCGCUUAAUGGAUUCCUUUUUUGUGGUACAAGGCCAACCUGGAACCUUCGCGUUCAAGUCGCACUUGGGUUGGCAAGAGGCCUGCUCUACUUACAUGAGGAAUGCAACACUCAAAUAAUCCAUUGUGACAUAAAGCCCCAAAACAUCCUUCUUGAUGAGAAUCUCGUGGCAAAGAUCUCAGACUUUGGCCUAGCAAAGUUGCUCAGGACAAAUCAGACACAGACGAACACUGGCAUCAGGGGAACUCGAGGGUACGUCGCCCCCGAGUGGUUCAAAAACAUAGGGAUCACAUCCAAGGUGGAUGUUUAUAGUUUUGGGGUGAUCUUGCUAGAGAUUGUGUGUUGCAGACGGAAUGUGGAGCCAGAGACAGCUGAUGAGGAGCAAGCAAUACUGACAUAUUGGGCAAAUGACUGCUACAGAAGUGGGAGGCUUGACUUGUUAGUCAAGGGUGAUGAUGAGGCAAUCUUCAAUAUAAAGAAGGUGGAACGCUUCGUGGCCGUGGCAUUGUGGUGUCUCCAAGAGGAGCCAACAAUGCGGCCAAGCAUGCUGAAAGUGACACAGAUGCUUGAUGGAUCCGUUCCAAUCCCCACACCCCCUGAUCCAUCUUCCUUCAUUAGUUCACUCCAAUAGUAGAGUGUGUUUCUAAAUAUAUAAGUUCUGCGGUGUGAAAUAAGAGUAUAUUGGAUGUACUUGACUACAGCAAACGAUAAAUACGAGUGAUGAUUCCUUCAAAUGUAGGUAAACGGAAGUAGGAAGAAAUGUAUGCAUAUGUUACUAGGUUCCAAAAAUAAUUGUAGAUUUCUGUAAUAUUCAUGUACUGUUUAUGUGCGGUACCACAGUGAAGCUAUGAAU